AUGUUAACUUCCAAUUGGUCUUUUGGAUAUUUUACACUUCAAAUCAAACAGGAUAUCACCGCUUGCAUUAUUAUAGCAAUCAACGGUGAUGUAGGAGCCAAUAAAGAAGGAGGUCUCUGUGUCUGUAUCUGCGUCUUUGGAUCUCAAAAACAUAUGCAAAAUCCAGAGUACCCGCCUCCCUUUGAAGUGUUUGAUGCAUGUUAUGAGCAUCUAUUGGGAGAAGAUGGUGAAACUGGUUGA